UUUGUGAAGACAAUCCCUUUUCUUAUAAGCUUCUUCUUCAUUGCUAUGAAAUGACAAGAUCAGAUGGCUGACAGGUUUUCUCGUCCUCGUCGUCAUUGACACCGCGCGUUGGACUUCCUCCCUCGUCUACUUGAGUACUUAGUCGUUGAAUUUGGGAAAUUCAGUCUCCAGCCCUUAUUCUUUCUUCUUGGUCUUAGGUGAAGCUUCGCUCAUCUUUAUCCAGCCAUCAAGCACCAUGAGUAGCAGACAGCAAACCCACAUACCUUUGAAUGAAAUUUGCACCAGGCCACAGGGGAGAACUACUAAAAAAGGUCAAUAUGGAGAACAUGUUACCUUACAAGCAAAUUAUUUCAAACUUACAAGUCAUCCAGAUUGGACUUUGAAUCAGUACCGUGUGGACAUAGCGCCCGAAGAAGAUCGCACCUCUGUCAAAAAAGCAUAUCUUAGACUUCAUAAGGAUGUUUUGGGAGCCUACAUUUUUGAUGGCACUAUGUUGUACACAUGCCAUGCUCUUACUCAGCCUCUUGAGCUGAAUUCCAUCCGAGAAUCGGACCAACGAGCAAUAAGCAUUAAAAUCAGGCUGGCUGCAACAGUGGUAAGGGGGGAUUACCAUUAUUUCCAAGUGUUCAACAUCAUAAUGAGAAAAUGCCUAGAACACUUGCAAUUGGCUCUGGUUGGGAGGAAUUUUUACGAUCCAGAGAGAGGCGUCACGAUUCAACAGCAUGGGCUCAAAGUUUGGCCGGGCUACAUAACAUCAAUCAGGCAACACGAAGCUGGUAUCAUGAUGUGCGUGGAAAUAUCCCACAAAGUUAUGCGGACUGACACUGUGUACGACACCUUGAUGAAGUGUUAUGAAAAAGACUCCAAAAAUUACAAGGAUUUGUUUAAAAAGUCCGUGCUUGGACUUGUUGUGAUUACUCACUACAAUAACCGAACUUACAAAGUCGACGACGUCGACUUCAGUACCAGUCCCUUGAGCACGUUUCAAAAACGCGAUAGUUCUGCCAUUAGCUAUGGCGAUUAUUACCGAGACAAGCACAAGGUGACAAUCAAGGAUUCGAAACAGCCGCUGCUUGUGUCGAAAGCCACUGCCCGCGAUCGCAGAGCAGGAGUUUCCGAACUGGUUUACUUGAUUCCCGAGUUAUGCUAUAGUACUGGUAUCACCGAUGCCAUGCGACAAGAUAUGAAUUUGAUGAAGGCGCUCACUGACAAGACUAGGAUAAAUCCUAGUGAUAGAAUCAAUAAACUGUUGGAUUUUCACACAAGGCUGAAUUCAAAAUCUGACAUUAAAGUGGACUUUGCUAACUGGGAUCUAGAAAUUGACGACAAGCUGAUCGAGAUUCCUGCCCGAGUUUUCCCACGGCAAAAAAUUGGAUUUGGCAAUAAUGUGACUGUAGAAACGAGGAACGCGGAAUGGGAUCUUCAUAAGGUUCCAAAGCAGUUGAUGAGCGUAGGACAGUUAACGGACUGGACUGUCAUUUAUCCAGCCUAUAAAAAACAAGAGAUGCAGGAAUUCAUCCAAGCAACUAUGAGCGUAGCUGGAAAAAUGGGAUUCAGCAUAAAAAGACCGAGUAUAAUAUCGGUCGUAGACGACAGGCCCGAUACAUAUUCCAAUAUCAUCUCGGAACUUACCAACCGGAGUGUACCGCAAACCGUCCUCUGUGUUGUACCGAAUAACCAACAGCAGCGUUACAUGGCUAUUAAAAAGAAAUUGUGCAUCGAAAGACCUAUCCCGAGUCAAGUGAUUCUUGCCAAGACGCUCACCCACAGAAAUGUGGGCUCCAUUGCUUGCAAGGUCGCUGUACAAUUGAAUUGCAAGUUGGGUGGGAGUCCAUGGAGCAUCGACCUAACGAGUGUCGUCAAAGGCUUGAUGGUAGUUGGGUUUGAUGUUUGCCACGAAAAGUCGUCCGAUGGUACAGAUUUUGGAGCCAUGGUUUCAUCCUUGGACCAAAAGUUUGGUCGGUAUUACUCAGCUGUGACGCAGCACAAGUCGGGAGAGGAGCUUUCUGACUGUAUAUUGAAACAUCUCGAUUGUUCAAUCAGAGAGUUCCAUAAGGCGAACACCAACAGGCUACCAAACUAUAUAAUUAUUUAUCGCGACGGCGUGGGCGAGGGCCAAAUUCCUUUCGUGUAUGAUUACGAAGUGAGACAGAUAAAGAGAAAACUUGAAGAGCUCUACGCCAAUGAAUCGAUCAAUCCUAAGAGGAUAAAACUCAAGUUUUCCUUCAUCAUCGUUACGAAGAGAAUCAAUACUAGGCUCUUUUUCAGAAGAAACAACCCGGUUCCUGGCACCGUCGUCGACGAUGUCAUCACAGAUCCCUUGAAGUAUGAUUUUUUCAUUGUAUCGCAGAAUGUAAAGCAAGGCACUGUAUCGCCGACAGCUUACAACGUGAUCGAGGACAGCACAGGCUUGAGUCCUGAUCACUUGCAAUUCAUAACUUAUAAGCUUUGCCACAUGUACUUUAACUUUAACGGUACCGUGAGGGUGCCCGCGCCUUGCCAGUACGCGCACAAGCUGGCUCUGUUUAUCUCUCAGACGCUGCGACAGCCCGCGCAUACAAACCUUCAGAGCCUUCUAUAUUUUCUGUGA